UCUGAUAAUUUCCAAACCCACGUAAAGACAUAGAUAGAUUCAUAUACGAAGAAAAAAUAACUCUGUCUCUCUUUCUCUCUCAUACUUUCUCUCUCCUAAAGUACAGUUGAAGAAGCUUUGGUUUGGGGAAGCUUCAUGGAUUUCGACUCAAACUGAAAAGCUCACAACCCAUUUCAGAAAUUGUGUUGUACUAACAAGUGUUGACUCCGAAGCUUGUCUCUUUCAGCUCCGGGUACUGUGGUGUUUUUGUUUUUAGUUUGUCUUAUCUGACACUCAAUUGAUUUCUUUUGAACAUUCCAACCAAAGCUAUAUAAGUUGUUAGCCUCUUCUUUUGUUAUUGUUUGGUGGACUUGUGUACACAAUUGUUGGGUGCCAAACUAGGGGGAAGGUUGUUAUUAGAAGAGAUAGUGUUUGUACUGCUUUGAAAUUGUACAAUGGAACAUAAUUUGGGUCAAGAACCUGCAUCAGGUUCCUUUGAUAAGUCUAGGGUUUUAAAUGUUAAGCCGUUGAGGACUCUUGUUCCCGUGUUCCCUUCACCGUCUAAUCUAUCUUCAUCUUCAACUCCCCAAGGUGGUGCUCCUUUUGUUUGUGCUUCCCCUUCUGGUCCUUUCCCAUCUGGAGUUGCACCCUUUUACCCUUUCUUUGUGUCACCCGAAUCUCAGAGGCUUUCUGAACAAAAUGCACCAAACCCAACCCCUCAACGUGCCACACCAAUUUCUGCUGCUGUUCCGAUUAAUUCGUUUAGGACACCAACCGGGACGACAAAUGGAGAUGUGGGCGGUUCGUCCCGCAGGAAUAGCCGGACGCGUAGUGGACAGCUCAUUGAGGAAGAAGUUGAUGAAAUUGAUGUAGAAGAUGGAACUGGAGAUGGGGGUUCAAAGCACAAGAAGAGGGGAAGAAAACGACGUGCUAGCGGUGUUGGUACCAGUAGUGGUUUGGUUGUUGUUGAUGUUGAUCUAGAUGUAGUGGCUAACGAAAUUCUCCAAUCAAUUAAUCCCAUGGUUUUUGAUGUAAUAAAUCAUCCUGAUGGUAGCAAGGACUCUGUGACAUAUACACUUAUGAUAUAUGAAGUGUUGCGAAGAAAGCUUGGACAAAUUGAAGAGUCAACAAAAGAUGCUCAUACUGGAGCAAAGCGGCCUGAUUUGAAGGCAGGAACAGUUAUGAUGAGUAAAGGGGUUAGGAGUAACAGCAAGAAAAGGAUUGGAGUUGUGCCUGGUGUUGAGAUUGGGGAUAUUUUCUUCUUCCGAUUUGAAAUGUGCUUAGUGGGACUACAUUCACCUUCUAUGGCAGGAAUCGAUUACCUGGGUUCCAAAGCAAGUCAAGAGGAAGAGCCAUUAGCUGUUAGUAUUGUCUCAUCUGGAGGAUAUGAAGAUAAUACAGACGACGGGGAUGUGUUGAUCUACAGUGGCCAAGGUGGAGUUAAUCGUGACAAGGGAGCAAGUGAUCAAAAGCUUGAAAGGGGUAAUCUUGCUUUGGAGAAGAGCAUGCAUAGAGGUAAUGAUGUGAGAGUUAUUAGGGGUUUGAAAGAUGUAAUGCAUCCAACUGGGAAGGUAUACGUCUAUGACGGUAUUUACAAGAUUCAGGAUUCAUGGGUGGAGAAAGCAAAGUCUGGUUUCAAUGUAUUUAAGUAUAAAUUAGUAAGGAGUCCCGGGCAGGCUGAUGCAUAUGUGAUAUGGAAAAACAUUCAACAAUGGACCGAUAAGUCAGCUUCAAGAACAGGGGUUAUAUUGCCCGAUCUUACUUCCGGGGCUGAAAAAGUACCUGUUUGUCUUGUGAACGAUGUUGAUAACGAGAAAGGCCCUGCAUAUUUCACUUACAGCCCUACUCUCAAGAAUUUGAAGGCAGUUGCUCCUGUGGAAUCUUCCGCUGGAUGUUCUUGUGUUAGUGGAUGUCAAGCUGGCAAUUAUAACUGUCCAUGCAUUCAAAAUAAUGGAGGUCAUCUCCCGUAUUCUGCAGCUGGGUUACUUGCGGACCUAAAAUCUGUGGUACAUGAGUGUGGUCCUUCCUGUCAGUGUCCCCCUACUUGCCGAAACCGUGUUUCCCAAGUUGGCAUGAAAUUUCGUUUGGAGGUUUUCAGAACCAAGAAUAAAGGUUGGGGUCUAAGAUCAUGGGACGCUAUUCGUGCUGGAACUUUUAUAUGCGAGUAUGCAGGGGAAGUCAUAGAUAAUGCUAGAGCUGAGAUACUUGGCAGUGAAAACGAAGACGAGUACAUUUUUGAUUCUACACGCAUUUAUCAGCAGCUGGAAGUUUUUCCUGGUGACAAUGAAGCUCCAAAGAUCCCAUCCCCGCUUUAUAUAACAGCAAAAAAUGAAGGGAAUGUUGCUCGGUUUAUGAAUCACAGCUGCUCUCCUAAUGUACUGUGGCGUCCGGUUGUACGAGAAAAUAAGAAUGAAUCGGAUCUCCACAUUGCUUUCUUUGCAAUUAGACACAUCCCUCCUAUGAUGGAGUUAACUUAUGAUUAUGGGAUAAAUCUUCCUCUCAAAGCCGGUCAGAAGAAAAAGAAAUGCUUAUGUGGAUCUGUGAAAUGCAGGGGAUACUUUUGUUAAUUGUACUCAAGUAUAAGCUCUAGUUAUGUGAAUGAGACAGCAGCAGGAAGAGAUUAUUUAGAAAGAAGUUAGCAGAUAAACUUUUCCUUUUGGCAGUUCUAGUAGUUUUUCUAGUUUUGCUAAUGCGGUUUAAGUUAUAAAAAAGUUAACCGUAAUUCUGUAAGACUCAUUUUGUACAAGUUGUUUCCUCAGCUUGCUGUUAUUUUCUCUCGGGAUGGAUUUUGAGUAGUGUUUUUAGUCCAUUCAGUGAGGAUGAACUUAACAUGUAGAAUCAAAUAUUUAGUUUGUUGCCAUCAUUUUCAGAAAUCAUCCUAAAUUUUUUUUCUUA